AAGGCAGCGUUAUUACGCUAUCGACAGGCGGACACAGAAUGGACACGCUUGUCGGGGUUGAGUAAAUAAACAAUAUUCUUGAUAGCCGAUUCAUAAGUGGACACGCUGUAGUUUGUAACUGCUUUUUCAGAAUCGUAGCAUCUUGUAAAAUUACGUCCCACAAUUUAGCAACAGUUCUUGUGAGCCCCAAACCGGAUGCUGACUGUUCGGCCUGGGGAGCUGCUGUCUGCCUGCCCAGUCACACCCUUGCCUAUAUGCAACUGGAGACUGCUGGGUGGAUGUCUGUCGAGUAAGAAGACGUUUUUGCCUUUUCAGUGUCGUGGUUUGCUGUGUCCUCGUUGAUGAUCUGAUUCGGACAGGAAUUGAACGCUCUGAUUGGAUAUGACUGAUUCAUCAUCACCAUGGCCCGUUCAGAGGAGAUAACACUGGACCCUCUGUGUUGUUCUCUGCCGAUCAGACAAGUAAUUCAGUAGCAGCAAAAGUUGUUUUGGUUCAACGUCUUCUUUAUUUUGGGACAAUGGCCUCUCAGAUGUAUACUUUUGUCAGCCGGGACGACAACAGCACCGUUUAUGCAGAAGUUUCCAAAAUCCUUCUGUCUUCUGGGCAGUGGAAGAGGCUGAAAAGGGACAACCCCAGGUUCAAUCUAAUGCUCGGUGAACGGAAUAGACUACCGUUUGGACGUUUAGGUCAUGAACCAGGACUGGUGCAGCUGGUGAAUUACUACAGAGGGGCAGACAAGCUUUGCAGGAAGGCGUCCUUGGUCAAGCUAAUAAAGACCAGCCCGGAGCUGUCUGAUUCGUCAAACUGGUUCCCGGAAUCCUACAUAAUUUAUCCCACCAACCUCAACACUCCUGUGGCGCCUGCUACAAAUGGCCUCAGCCAUCUGAAGAGCAAUCCCAAGACGGAUGAGCGAGAAGUUUUCUUGGCUUCUUACCACUCCAAAAAAGAAAGUGGGGAGGGGUCAGUGUGGAUAGCCAAAUCAUCUGCUGGAGCUAAAGGUGCUGGUAUCCUGAUAUCGCACGAUGCCAACCAGCUACUGGAGUACAUUGACAAUCAAGGACAGGUUCAUGUUAUUCAGAAGUACCUGGAGAAACCUUUACUUCUGCAGCCUGGACAUCGGAAGUUUGACAUCAGGAGCUGGGUCCUUGUGGACCACCAUUACAACAUCUAUUUAUAUCGAGAGGGUGUCCUACGGACAUCCUCUGAGCCGUACAACAGUUCCGACCUCCAGGACAUGACCAGCCACUUGACCAACCACUGCAUCCAGAAGGAGCACUCCCAGAACUACGGUCGUUAUGAGGAAGGGAAUGAGAUGUUUUUUGAUGAGUUCCGUCUGUACCUGCUCAACACUCACAGUAUCACCCUGGAGUCCACAAUUUUACCUCAGAUCAAGCAAAUCAUCAAGAGCUGUCUGUCAUGCAUUGAACCAGCGAUUAGCACUAAGCAUCUCUCCUACCAGAGCUUCCAGUUGUUUGGAUUUGACUUCAUGGUGGAUGUGAACUUCAAAGUGUGGCUCAUUGAGAUCAACGGCGCACCAGCAUGUGCACAGAAGCUGUACCCUGAGCUGUGUCAAGGCAUAGUGGAUGUCGCCAUUUCCAGCGUCUUCACCCGGAACAAUAGUGGUGACUCCUCAUCGUCUUCGCCUUAUUCUUCCUCCCCCUCGUCCCUGUUUUCGACCAACGCCUGCUCUUCCCCCAAACUGAGAGGGCCGCUUCAUGUCGGACCUUUUACUCGACUUUAAAGCACAAGCAAACCGCCCUCGUCCGUCCUCACUGCUCGGGGAGCAGCAAAGGACAUCAAUUGUAAUCUGAGCAUUUAUUGUAACUCGUCUUUCACGCAUGUAUGUGUGUAUUGGAUAUGCAGAUGGUGUACUGUUUUUGUUGAUUUUAAGAACAAAAUGAAAAGUUACCAAACAUUCUGAGAGUUUACUUUAGGAACCGGAAAUUUUCCUUUCCCCUCUGACAUAUUGUUGGUAAUCUUGAGAAAGUGCAGACACUCGAAAUGAAACUUGUGCCUUAUAUUUCUGGCCACGCAACUACUAAUGGAACAAUAUGUCUGAAAGUUUGUCGAAAAACACAUUUUGGCAAUAUGGGCAGCAGAGAGAGAACUAGUGAGCAAGGAGGCUAUCCUCCAUUUGAAGUCCAGGUCACAAAUCAUGCUCCAACUUUAUCCAAUAAACAUUCGCAUGCGCUCCAAUUGCUGUAUGUUGAACUCUGUCAACUAUCUCACCACCUAAUUCCGUGUAACAUGUUUUGAGAUUUUUUCCCCCCUCUGAUUAUAAACCAGCACGUCAUUUUUUUUCCUAUUCCUAGACUAAUAUUUUUUCAUUUGUUAUAAGUCAGCACAUGCUAUAAAUGCAUUUGUUUAUGUUUAAGUUAAUGCUUAUUCAAAUUUAUUCUGACUGGGUACAUGGGCAAGACUGCGUUUCGGAUUUAUUCAAUAAAUUCCAAAAUACAAUAAGUCCAUCCACGUACUCAGAAGUGUAACCAGAAAAAUGAAAAGGCAAUUGUGUAAGCACAAAAAGGCUUUUCAUGUUAUUUUGGGGACAAAUUGAUAACUAUAUUAUGACUGAUAUUUUUAUUUGGGUGGGGGUGGGGGGUUGAUGUGAUUGCAAAGCGUGCCUUGGAGGAAUUGUGUUUGGAUUUUAUUUUAAAAAAACAUUUUUACCCUAUUAACUUAGUAUAAAUUUUCUUUUCAACAAACAAAUGCCAUUUAUUUUUUUAUUUUUUAUUUUUUAAAUUGCACAUUCAAUUUACUCUUCCAGUGUGUGUUCCAUUGUUUUCUCAAGUAUUGGAUGUCUUCAUCCCAACCAAAGAUAAAAUUUAUGCUCUAUGUCAAAUAGAUUUUCAAACCAUGUUCUGUAAUAUCAAUGAGUUAAUGAAAAUGUCUGAAAUUGAGUGUGAUUGUAAGAAGGCUGUUUGCGUUUUCGUUUGCUGGCGUAUUCUUCAAAUGUUGCAUGGUUGUCAUAAACUGUAUGGCUACAAUAAAAAUGUGACCCCUUUCAA